AUGGCCACAAUCUCAAACAACCGCAACCAGUCAUUCGUCCCAGAUUCGCCUGAAUUCGACGACCUGGAGGUCCGUUGCACAUGGAGCGGAGAAUAUGAAGAACUAGCCAAUCUUAGAAUCACCCUUGAGGUGAAAUGUGUUCCCAAUACGCGAUUACAGCUUUUGAACGUGCGAGACAACGACAUCUACCUCAAGAAUGCUUUUGCAGAUUGCCUUUCGCGGGAGUUCGAGAAUCAGAUGGAUAAUCAGGAAGAGGAUGAUACUCCCCAGAGUCCUCUGUUUGGAUUCUCUCCCCUGAUCGUCGAGUGUGAAAAAGAGAUUGGCGUGCGCCCUUCUGUUGAGGAUUCUGCAGAGAGUGUUUACGUCUCUGAGGCCAGUUCGAUUCGUAAAGAUGACGACGAGUCUUUGGAGGACCAUAAGAAUCCUCAGCAUGACCGCAUGCCCGACACAGAGUCCACACUUGGAAGUCCCGCCUCUGCAGUUUGCUCUCCUAGGCCACCUUGUCGCCUACCAGGAUCGGGACCUUCGACUACAUCCCGGAAGAGAAGCGCUACAGAUGCUGAGCUCCCUGAUUCUGACAACGAGGACGAAAUUGGUGGAGUACUGAGGGAGAUCACACCCCGCAACAGUCGCCAAACUAGUCCAGCCAUGUCAACUACGGCAGAAAAACCUUGCGAAAUAACCAUUGCCUGCCCCACGAGUCCGAGAAGAUCAGGCUUGCUUGUCCGCAAGGAGAACGCUAGUCCUACCCGUCCUAUCAAACCAGCAGGUGGAGUGACGGCUUCGGAUAAGCUGAUAUUGCCUGGAAUGUUGGCACAUGAAGAGAAGACCUCUCGGAAGCCUAGCAAGAUUCCUAAGCCGACAUUCACCCCAGAAAAUUCGCCCUUGAGGUCUUCCAUGUCGAUAGCUUCUAUAGCACGUACGGCAAUAUUGCGGGAUCAAGCUGUUUCUCAUAACAAUGUUGUAGGGCAAACUGCUGCUGUUGCAGACCCCAUAACGGAAGUUGUACGGAUGUCCAACAACGCGGAUUUUGCUGCCACGACUGAAUUGGGGCGCUCUCGUGAGCAGCAUCCGCCAUCCUCGCCAGCUAGUAAGUUAGAGCCCGUUCUUGAGGAGCCGGAAUCAUGCAGCGAGCAUCCCGAAUCACAAUUUGCGCCACGUUCUUUGGAAGACCCGACCUACUCUCAUGACCACGUGGAGAGUAACGAAGCUAAGCUGUCCGAUCAACCAGAGGUGAAACUUGUUGAUGGGCUCAUUAUCCUCAAUAACUCCGAGAAAGUGCAGCCAGCAACAUUCAAGGUCACUAUCACUGUAUCUUUCUAUAUCCCGUUCCCAAACGAACAAGGAUGGAGUGAUCUGAUGAUCCCCGGGCUUCCGAGAACCGGGAAUGGCAAGAGUGGAUUCUUCCUGUUUCUUAUGCCCUCUCGUCAUGGCCUAGAGCUUCGGACUUUGAAUGUGAAGAGGGCCAAACUAGUGGAGAAUUGUUUCAUCGCACAGUUCGUCAACUCUGGUAAUCUUGUGAUUCCCAUGCGCAGGUGUGACAGAAGAUAUGGUGGUGAUGUUACAGACUUUACUGUGGAUCAAGAAGUCGCAGCUCACAGUGUGGUCAAGACGACAGCUAGCCACCAAGGUGAUCGGGAGAAGUUCGAAUUGAGGUUCAACGUAAUGUUCUCGGUUAAGCUGCAUAACCGCUGUUUCUGGACCGACAGGUGCUCCAUCCUCCUCUAUGUGGAUGGCGGCCCCGAAGGUUCUUACCACUGUGAUCUUAGCCCGCGGAAAGGUGGGCUAAAGAAGAUUCAUAUACUAGCUAACGAAUAUGCCGAGACUGGAGUCGCCUAUAUUCAUGUUACCUGCUCUCCCAAGGACUUGGAGAAGCUUUGUCUGACCUGGGUAUCGAGUGGUACGGGUCGAGAGGCUGCAUACUGGGUUCCCCGGAUAUACUCAGCAUCGCCAGUGUCGCGUGAGCGCACUAGAGAUUUCCUCCGACACAAUCUAAUGGAGAUGCUAAGCAAGUCUACCUACUUCUUUUUCGAAGCUCGGGCCCGUCGGGGUGGAUUCGCACAUCGAAAUGAACCGACCCAAGGCGAUGGCCAUGCUGAGCUCGCCAUCGAAGAUGUUAAGGACCAAUUUGAGGACUCGUCGUCUGUGAGGACUGUUUCAAUAGGACAAUUAUUAUCCCUGGUGGAAAGGGCAGUUCAGCUGCAGCUUGUUCACUUUGCUCAGGACCCCCGACAGUUCCUCAAAUGGGCUCUCGUCGGAUUACUUUGUCUGACUUUUCUGGGAACUAGGGCUUUAUCGCCGGUCAAACCUAUCUACCUUUGCCCCGGACAGGCUCCCCCGGUAGCCCAAGUUGGCCUGGAAGCCGCCGAUUCAGCAACCCAGAUCUCGCAACUCGACACAUUGGGAAAGGCUGAGCACGGCCUCGAUAAUACGGCUGAUGGUGAAAGCAUCGCCGGCCUAGAUAUGCUAAGCAUGUUGGGCCAGCAUGGGGCUGUUGAUGUCGGUUCCGUUCAGUCCGAAAUGCCUCUGGAAACCGAAAGAGAGUAUGGUGAACAGAGCGGGGAUAUAAACGCUGAAAGCGGUGCGCACGAAGAGUCUCCGAACUCGAUCAGGGAUAGAAUUGACUAUUGGCUUGGUUGGUCAGGUCCUAUUGAGUAA